AACACUAAUACUGUGUAAUAAAGUGAAUAAAAUUGUUGGAGAAAUAUAUGUAGAUUUUUGUGUCCAAUUGUUAGGCAUUUGAUUUGGCAAACCCUAAGCAGUGGAGAGCCUAACAUACAGUAUAACCAGUAGAGAGUAAUCCAUACUUUCAUAUAUACAGCGUUGGCUUUAGUAGUGAACGCAAUCGCUAUGGAAAGCAUUGGCAGAAAAAUUGUUGUAAAACUAUUAUAGUCUGAGAGAGAGAAAGAGAGAGCACAGGGAGGCAUAACACGGUCUUAUCAGUCUAUAUGUGUGAGAGACAGCACUGGCGAUACCCCCCACAGACCUUUAUGUAGGCUAUGAAAGGCAUUGAAAUAGUUGUGUUAAAUGUAGGCUUUCAUACAAAUCGAUAGCAACUCUAUUGGACUCGUGUUUAGUGUUUCAUACAAACUGUGUAUUUAUUUGCGCACAAGUAGUAGAAGUGGCACUCAGUUAGACAAACUAAGUGGACGCCAAUGUCGGGCCAUUCUAGUGGCCACUAAGGCAUACAAACUCUUAAGCCAUCAGUAUAUCGACUAUUAACUGGAUUGGCAUUCAAUGAACAAUCCGGGAAAAGUGUGGCAAAUGUCGGGUACAUCAAGUGGUCAUCGGUUGGCAAUCACUUCCAACACUAAUUCAUCACCCAUUAUGUCACACGUGUCUCAAUCACCGAUGAGUUCACACUCUGGUUUGGCCGCACAGCGACAACACUGCUAUUUAUGUGAUUUGCCGCGAAUGCCGUGGGCUUUGCUUCAUGAGUUCAGUGAAGUUGUUUGCAGGGGUUGUGUCAACUAUGAAGGCGCCGAUAGGAUUGAAAUAAUUAUUGAAAAUGCCAGACAAUUGAAGAGAGCAGCCUCUGGUCAAAGUCACUCACAUUCACACUCACACGCGUCCACAUCAUACGUGUCGGCCACACCAUCAUCACAAUCAUCACAUGCUAUUAAUAUCGCAAAUGAUCAUCACGUAGUAACUGCACCGUUGUUGAGACAACAACCGACUCAAUAUAAGCUAAACGGAGGUCUACCGCAACCUUACGAGAAUCGUAGUGCUGCCCAACAGUUUGAUUUGAGCAUUUCAUCGCGCGGUGGCGGCAGUCCUGCCCGAGCUUAUGCGUCACAACAACUCGUAGCGGCCACCACACAACGUGCCGCCAAUGCAACCAAUAAACGUACCAUUCACACCAUAGUUGACACCGACUCCAUAGUGGACAAUGAUGGCCAAAGUAAUAGACAGCAGUUGAUAAUUGAAGAGUCGUCUGGUAUUGUGAAUGUGACGCGACCACCAUUGACCAGAGGUGAGAGUCUACCAGCUGUAAUGGCAGCACCGGGUGUAUCAAUAGCCGACACAGGUCUGCGCAAAUUGACUCGUGAACCACACGUUUUAGGCCAUCACACCCAUCCACCUAUGGUAGGCAGAGUUUACUCAUUUGACGCAACCGUAACAAAAACGGCUACAAUACCUAUCGCAACGGCCAACGCCGGCAAAGGCGCCUUCUAUUCGGUAACGACAACCUCUUCACCCCCACUAUCAAGCGUUAACUCUAGCGUUGCGGCAAAGAAGCCAAGAGUUAGCGAGAGUUCAAGUCAACCGCCCUCUACUGCCAACACAACGCCGCCGGCAACGGCCACACCUCCAGCAGCACAGGCGGCGCCAUUGAAGUGUACUCUAUGUCAAGAACGACUAGAGGACACACACUUUGUUCAGUGCCCGUCAGUUCCAGCGCACAAAUUUUGUUUUCCCUGUUCCCGAUCAUCAAUCAAACAGCAACAACAACAGCAUACAAACGGUGCCACAACUGCCGGUUCAGGCGAAGUAUAUUGUCCUUCAGGAGAGAAAUGUCCAUUACUUGGAUCUAACGUUCCCUGGGCUUUCAUGCAAAAUGAAAUUGCAACCAUUUUACAGGAGGACCAGAGCACCGGCACUUCACAAACAAACAACAACAACAAUACGGUAAAUGCGGGUCCAGAACAUAGCACUGGUACUCCAAAUACCAGUUCAAACACAUCAGCGCAACAACAGUUCAAAAUUAAAAAGGAAAGAAGCAGUGAAUGAAAAAUUGAAAGUUUGAAUUGGAUUUACAGUAUAUUUAGCGAUUGUUUUGCUUUUUAUUCAUAACUUAUGUAAAUCUUGGAAGUCGUAUCAAAAAUCAUAUGCACUUAAAUUAUAUAUAUAUAUUAAAAAACAAAACAUUCAUUGUAAUGCCUAUUAUUAUA